AUGUCGGCGGCUUUAGUUAAUCGCUCCUUGACCACGGUGAGAACAGAGUUGGAAUUUUUAAAGGACUCUGAUGUUAUAACCGAAGAACUAUAUGAUGCACUUGUCCAGGCCAUACCUUUGAAAUACCAAAAAGACAAAGAGCCAUGGGGUAUAGAUGUAUUGAACCCCUCCAAGAAAGGUCCCGUCAACUAUGCAAGCAAUGAUGUGAAAGUUUCACAACCAAACCGAAACCCUUCUUCUUAUGAGGAAAAAACGAAUAAAUUAACUGAAGCUUUUGCCAACACAUCACUAAAACCUCCAGCGUACCCGCCCACACCUGUUCGCAAAGAAGAACCACUAGUUGGUUACUGUGUUGCAAUGUAUGACUAUAAAGCCCAGGAAGCAGACGAUUUGACUCUUUAUAAGGGAGAUAAACUAGGAGUUGUGGAACAUUUAUCAGAAGAUUGGUGGAAAGGCUUCAAGUCAGGAGAGAGCCGUGAUAAGAUGGGAGUAUUCCCAUCAAAUUAUGUGGAAAUUAUAUCCGAACAGGAGUUUAGUGAAACAACGCGUGUGCCGGCAGCUCCAUCUUUAUCGUCACAAAAUUCGUAUGCCUCAUAUGGACCACAAGCUCAAUACGGUCAAGCCCCUAUUCAACAACAGCCCUCUUACGGUGGUGGCUAUGCACAAUUCCCUCCUCCAAGCUCCACUUACCAGCCCCCUCAACAGUACCAAGUAGUAGAACCACAACCACAAGCUGUUGUACAGCAGCAGCAGCCACACUCGUCAGGGCAUGAAAAGGUGAAAAAGUUUGGUAGUCGUUUUGGUGAGGCGGCAUUAUUUGGUGCUGGUGCCUCGGUGGGUGCAAAUAUUGUAAACUCUAUUUUCUAG